AUGUCAUUUAGUUCUAUAUCGUCAGUGGCUCUCUCAAGAGAUGCAUCCGAUAUCUCCUUCCAUAUUAACGAUGACUCGUCACCUCUGUUAGACGAUGCUAUGCUUACGGUUGACCUUGUUCUUUCGACACAGGCAAAAGCUAUAGCGUACUUGACCAAUCAGUAUCGGAAGUCUCAGUGGUCUCGGAGCCAGAUGAAAAAAUCGCUUCGAAUCCUGAACAAUGGCUUAAAUGCUGGUGGUAAGAUAGUUUUAUCAGGAAUAGGCAAGUCAUACAAGAUUGCCGCCAAAAUCGUCGCGACACUGAACUCGCUAAGUGUUCAGUCGGCACUAUUGCAUCCUUCAGAGGCCCUUCACGGUGAUCUCGGUAUUAUUAGAGAGGAGAGAGGGGACGUUGUGAUACUUGUUUCUGCCUCGGGAAAUACUACAGAAUUGAUCAAUCUCUUGAAUUAUAUACCAGGAAACGUACCUGUGAUCCUAAUGACUUCCAGUCGUAAGUCUCAGCUGUCCGAAAAUCCGAGGGUGUCCUCUUUGCUUUAUGCAGAGCUUCCUAAAAGGCUCAGCGAGAAACUUCUGUAUGGAUUGAGUGCUCCUACUAUCUCAACCACACUCUGUCUUACUUUAUUGGAUGCCACAUCCAUCGCAUUGGCUGAAUUAUACAUGAAUGACCUCGAACUGAGAAGAAGCGAUUUGGCGAUCGCCACCCUGGAGGUGCAAUUGGCGCAGAUACAAUGA